CAGGCGGGCGGGCGCCGGCUCUCCCUGUGUGUGAGGGAGAGCUGCUCGGCGGCCGCAGCUGAGAAGCCAUCAGUAAGUGAGUGCUGGUGAUCUCGGGUGUUACCCCAAUCGUCCAUGAUGGAUAAGAUAUUGGAAGCCCUCAUCACCUCUUCUCAUCCCUUGCCUGUGAAGAAAGGGAUUGUGAAGAAAGUGGUGGAGGCAGCUGAGAAUUCUGUUGAUCGGGAGCAAUGCAAGGCCAUGUUCGACCUGACCACCCGCUUGAUUUUGCUGGGGGAAGACGGAUUCCAAAAACAAGUGGGUCACCAAGUGCUCGAAGCCUACGCCAGAUACCACCGUUCAGAAUUUGAAGAGUUCUUCAACAAAGGAUUUGUCCUGACCCUCCUUCAGCAAGGAUACAAAUCUUUAGAUAAGAAGGAUAUUGUCAUCAUUGAUUAUAUUCACAUGGGAUUGAAGUUAAUAAUGAGUUGCCCCUCCGUGCUAGAAAUUUUUGGCUUCAUGCAUACUGAGGUUUUGCGAAUAGUCUGUGAAAGACCUGAACCUUUGCUGUGUGCCAGGCUGAGUGAGUUGCUGUCUGAUUUUGUACACUGUAUCCCAAGGGGUAAAUCUGCGGUGGUGUUUUGCCAACAGCUGGUCAGGACUAUCAGCCAAUUCCAGUGCACUGCAAUACAGGAGGAAGAGAUUCGGGCAUUUAUUUCUCAGGUGAAUAAAGUAGGCAGUUUGCUGCAAAGUAUUUGGAAAUCUGAGCCAGCCGCACUUCUACCUUCUCUGCAAGAGGUUUUUGUCAUUAUUUCUGCUACUGAUUACUCUUUCGAACCAUCUAUCGCCCUAGCAAGCCUUGUUCAGCACAUCCCAUUGCAAAUGAUCGCAGUUCUCAUUCGGAGUCUGAUCACAGACCAAAACGUUAAAGAUGCCAGUAUGACUUGUGCUCUCUGCAGGAUGAUUGACUGGCUGUCCUGGCCAUUGGCUCAGCAUGUAGAGACCUGGGUGACUGCACUGCUGAAGGGACUGGCUUCUGUCCAGAAGUUCACUAUCCUCAUAGAUGUCACGCUGCUUAAAAUUGAACAGGUAUUUCAUCGUCUCUGGUACCCAAUAGUGAGACCUGGUGCUUUAGCUGUCCUGUCUCACAUGCUGCUCAGCUUUCAGCAUUCUCCAGAAGCCUUUCACCUGAUUGUUCCUCACAUAAUCAAGCUGGUCCAGUUCCUGAAAGAAGAAGCUAUGCCUUCAAGUAAAAUCUUCCUGAUGCAGUUGACUGAGCUGGUACAUUGUAUGAUGUACCAGUAUUCUGGCUUCCCUGAUCUCUAUGAACCUAUUCUUGAGGUCAUCAAGGAUUUGCCAAAACCCAGUGAAGAGAAGAUGAAGCUCACUCUGAAUCAAAGUGCCUGGACAUCACACUCCAAUUCCCUGGCUUCCUGUUUGUCCAGGCUUUCUGGAAAAUCUGAAACGGGAAAAACUGGCUUAAUAAAUCUGGGUAACACAUGCUACAUGAACAGCAUCAUCCAGGCAUUAUUUAUGGCUACCGAUUUCAGAAGGUCUGUUUUAUCACUGAGUCUAAAUGGAUCCCGCUCCAUAAUGAAAAAACUUCAACUUCUGUUUGCCUUCUUGGCCCACACUCAGAGAGCAGCAUAUGCCCCUCAAAGCUUCUUUGAAGCAUCGAGACCACCAUGGUUCACCCCUGGCUCCCAGCAGGACUGUUCUGAAUACCUCAGGUUCCUUUUAGACAGAAUACAUGAAGAAGAGAAGACGUGUAGAAUUCUUCAUCGGGAGAACACGCCCCAAAGCAGCGCUGCCACCUCCGGGCACGAAGACGGACCCACUCCGCACAAUCGCCCCACGGAGAAGCUCUGUGUUUCCAAUUCAAACCCGUGCUCGGACAACCGGGGCAAGACUCUGAUCGAGAAGAUGUUCGGGGGGAAACUGCAGACCACUAUCUGUUGCCUGAACUGCAAGAGCACCUCUCAGAAGCAGGAAGCUUUCACUGACCUCUCGUUGGCCUUCCCUCCCUGCCUGGACCAGGUGCUAGAGGCCGGGUCCGCCCAACCGCUGACCGCACCGGGCAGCGAGAACCCGGAGCCACCCUGCCAGGCUGUGGUGGUGCCGGCUGCUGAGACCUUGCCUGGCCGCCAGGGGAGUGGUGGGGGGCAGGGGCCCGAGGUUCUCUGCGAGGAGCUCCCACUCCAGCCCGUGGGCUCCGCGGAUUGCCCGCGAGCACCCAAUGACAAAUUGGUCCCAGUUUCCGGUGAGGGCGCUGUGAACAGGAGUCACCAAACCAUGUCUGUCCCCAGGCUGAUCAACUACUUCCUGGCCCCCGAGAUCCUGAACGGGGAGAACAAGUAUUACUGUGAGACGUGCGGUUCGCUGCAGAACGCCCAGAAGGAGCUGCAGGUGGUGGACGAGCCCGAGUACCUGAUCCUCACGCUGCUCCGGUUCUCCUACGACGCCAAGAGUCACAUCAGGCGGAAGAUCCUGGACGACGUGGUGCUCCCACUAGUGCUGCAGCUGCCGGUGGACAAGCCGCCUGUGCCCACCUCACCGGGCGAGAACCAGUUGGUGGUCUCCGACUCCACUGAGAAUGUGCCCAAGAAGCUCAAGUCUUCGGACUCAGUGAACUCCAGCGAUCCGCACCGUGUGCCCUACCUCCUCUCCUCCAUCGUGGUCCACUCCGGAAUGUCCUCCGAGAGCGGGCACUACUACUGCUACGCCAGGAACACCGCCUCGGGCCCUGCAGGCCAGCUGUGCUGCCAGGGAGACCUCCGAGGCCUGUCCUCCCCGUCGCCGGGCUGCACGGCCCACACAGAGCCCAGCACCUCAGUCAUAUGGCAGGACGCAAACUGCAGGGAGACGGCAAAGGAGUGGUUUCUGUUCAACGAUAGCAGAGUGACCUUCACUUCCUUCCAGUCCGUUCAGAACGUAACCAGCAGGUUCCCCAAGGACACGGCAUACGUCUUGUUCUACCGGAAGCAGGAUGCCGGUCACGGAGUGCUCCCGAGCGCAAUAAAUGGAGUGUGGGUGAAUGGGGAGCCCCCGCUGCAGAAGGAGCUCAUGGACGCAAUCACGAAAGACAACAAGCUUUACCUUCAGGAACAAGAGCUUAGUGCCAGGACCAGGGCCCUGCAAGCCUCUUCUACCACUUGUUCCUUUCGUCCUCAUGGUUUUGAUGACAACGACCCACCAGGCAGCUGUGGCCCCAGUGGUGGCGGAGGAGGAGGCGGUGGGUUUAAUACCAUCAGCCGGCUUGUCUUCUGAGUCUCCUUGAGAUAAGACAGGUUUCUUUUUUUUCUUAAAAAAAAUCACUGCUGAUAAGUGGAGAAAUCGUGUCACUGGGUGCAUCAAGUCGCUCUCUGGAUCAGUAUCUAUUGAUGUCAAGAUGCUACCAAUUGUUUCUGUUAUUUCUCUUCACCCCCAGACUGUUUCUUCUUUUGUUUUUAAAAAAAAAAAACGACUUGUAUACUGGCACUAUUUCCUAUUCGGCCCUUAAAGCAGGGAAAACAAUAUCGAUUGCAAUAAUUUUUAAUGUUUAUAAGAUUCUUAACACACCUUGCAUCCAAAUUUGAUUAUCUCCCUAUUUGCAUGUUAGCGUUAACAAUGUAAAUAAGCACUCGACUAUGUAAUCUGUAUUUGUACAAACACUGUAAAUACAUUUCAAGUGAGCUUUCAAACCCAGAACUGAUCAAAACAUGGAAAAAGGUCCUUUUAAAUUACUGCAUUUCUAGUAUUGUAUUUCUUUUAUUUCUUUUGAUUUUGUGACAGUGUCAAACAAGCAUCUUGCAAUUUCAGGGAGCAGUUUUUGUUACACACUUGACAGACUUAUUUUACCUUUUUUUGUAUGCGUGCGCACGUGCUCGAGUGAGCGAGUGUAUGUGUGCCUUGAUCUGUACUCGCUGUAGGUAUGUUAGGAGGCGGGAACAGAAAUUAAAGGUUCUAUUUUCAACUUUUUUUAAAAAAGCAAACCUUGAAGAUGGAGGGGGAGUGGGGAGAGAAAAUAAGUAUUGGUAUGGCUGUAUUGUAUUGUUUACGUUUGAAAGUUUCUAAUUCAUGAAACCUCGCUGUCACUUGAGGAGGUCUGCUGUUUUGAAUUGCACAUGUACACUAAAUAUAAAGGACUAGCAAAAGACUUCCUUCUCUACGCUCGCUGUGUUUUAUUCAUGCCUCGCUUGGCGAUUCAAAGAUUGAAUAAUCCACAGCUUUUUCCAUUGCCAGCUUUGAUCGCAUCAAGAAUUAUUUUACCAUUUGGCUGACCACAUUUUGUGUGUGUGCGUGUGUUUUUAAAAAAAAUUAUAGCACUGAAUAUUUAUUUAUAAAUGUUUACGACAUAGCAGGUCACAAAAUUAGCAAAAUGGGAAAGAUAUACGGUUGGGGCGGUGGGGGGGGACUGGAAUGCCAGCUGUUAUUGCAGAUUUUUACUAAAUUAUUGGAAUUUUUAUAUUGAUUCUUUGAUAGAUAUGAACUGCUGUGCUUUAGGAUAUUGAAAUAAAAAACGUAUCACUUUUAAACUUUUUAUAUAUGUUUUUUUUGAAACCGUUCAAAGAUCAGCAAUAAAAAAAAAACACGAUUUGUUGGGUAGGAGUAUUUUCCUUUGCAGAAGCAUGGCUGUAAUAAAAAGCAUUUUAUAAUGUUCUGUAAUAUUAAACACUAUUGGUACAACUAA